AGAUGGCGUCCUGCGGAGAGGACAGAGCGGCAUUGCGGGCCUCUCUGCUCUCCUGCCUGGGUGCUUUGGACCCGAGCAUCACCCAAACCCUGGACGACCGGGUGCUGGAGCUGUUCCUGCUGAGGACGGCCGAGAUGAGGCGGAGGAGGGUCCGCGAGACGGAGGCCAGAGCCCGGCGUCUGCGGCACUAUCUCCAGCGGAGGAAGGCGGUGGUGCUGUCGGCCGUAGCGGGAGUCCUCAGCAUCGUCAGCUCCAACACCAGGGAAAUAUGGAGCAGGGACCGGCCCGUGGAAGGAGGAGACUUCUGGCAAGCGGCGCAGUGCUUUACUGAUGAGGACUGGAAGGCCCAGUUUCGGGUCACGCGCGCCACCUUCACCCACCUCCUGCAGCUCCUCGAGUCCACGAUUGCCCGAAAGAAGACUCACAUACGAACGCCCAUUGACGCACGCCGCCGCCUCGCUAUCACCCUCUGGUGGUACGGGCAGGGAGAGGAGUACAGACACAUCGCAGAGAGGUUUGGUGUCGGAGUGACAACCGUCUGCAUCAUACUGCGCCAGGUUACCAUGGCGAUCGUGAACAAACUGUUUAAAAAGUUUGUGCUGUUGCCCAGUGGAGAGAAGUUGGACGCGGCCGUGAGAGCCUUUAAAGAGUGUGGCUACCCUCAGUGCGCAGGGGCCAUCGGGGCCACUCACAUUCCCAUUGUAGGUCCCAGAGAAAAUCCACAGGACUACAUGAACUCCAGCGGUUGGUACUCCGUCAUCCUGCAGGCCGUGGUGGACCAGGAUCUACAAUUCACUCACGUGUACGCGGGCUGGCCCGGCAGCAACUCCAAUACCACGGUUCUCUCCAGCUCAGACCUGCUCCUGAAGGCAGAGGAUCAGCUGCAGGGAGCACUCUUUCCACAAGAGAAGUCCAUUGUGUUGAACGGUGUGGAGAUCCCGGUUCAUCUGAUUGGCGACCCUUCGUUCCCUCUCAAACCGUGGCUGCUGACGGGUUACAACCUGACUCCUGACCUUUCACCCCAACAGCGACGCUUCACGUACAGCCUGAACGCCGCACGCUCUGUGGUCAACUCCGCCUUCUCUCGUCUCAAAGGUAGGUGGAGCUGUCUACAAAAGAGGAAGGACAUAGAGGUGACUGCGAUGCCAGGGAUGGUGUCUGCCUGCUGUGUCCUGCAUAACGUUUGUGAAUAUUUGGGGGAUGAGUUCUUUCCUGAGUGGAGCGUGGACAGUGAGGUGGGGCCUGGAUUAGCUUUUCCGCAGCCGGAAGUAGAUCCCUGUGAGGCGGAGGGAAACGGCAGAGCAGAGAUGAUCAGGCACGCUAUGACCUACAACUUUUUAGAAAUCCAACAGCAACCGACCACGAUAAAUGGAUUUACUUUUACAUACGAGGACUGAAGAUAACUGUUUUUACCAGAAACAUUUAUAAUGCCUGGACUAAAAUGGACUUUUUUAAUCUUUUAUUUUUUUAACCAUGUUAUAAUGUUUGCUCAUCGUCAAAAACAUUCCUGAAGUUAUGUAUUUUGUCAUUGGAGGUAUGAAGUGGAGGUAUUUUGUAAAAUGAAGUAUAUGGAGCUUUCGUGUUAACGUGUUAUAACAUUGUUACCUCAUCAAAAAUAUGCCUGGAAUGGUUUAAUGUCAUCCACGUUUGAGUUUGAAUAAUCUCCUGGGCCCUAUUCAAACCCUCCUUACAGUUAGCAGUACGAGACUGUACAAAACAAUCCACUACAACUUGACAAACCUGAUGCCAUGUGCAGUAGUUUAUUUGAAACCCUGGCUCUUUUUGACGUUAUAUGUUUUUAUAUGUGACUUUAAAGCAUUUCAAUUAAAAAAAAGGAAACUAAAGAGCACUAAGGAACUUUUCUUGUGGAGUGUCUGAUGGCUGCUUGUCUCGUUUAACAUCUCUGUGGAGACAAGCAGUUAGCCAACCCCACAUCUGUAAAGUUAUAUAGUGCACCUUUAUGUUUACCUUAAAAAUAAGGUUUUCAAUGCCUCAGAGAGUUGUGCACAUUCAGUUAAGAUAUAAAUGCCAUCCAUCUUUCAUCCAAUGUUAAUGGCUUUAAUGACAAGAACAAGUCUGGUAAAGAUGUUUGGAUGUUUUAAAAAUGCGGAGGAACUUCAUGGAUUAUUUCAAAGUGCUGAUGGGAACCAUUGAGGGAGUAAGUGUUCAGCUCUGGUGAUGCAGACUAAAUAAGCUACAAUGAUUGAUAUUACAUUAUAAUAGGGUUGUCAAAAGUAUCGAAAAUCUAAUACUAAUCGAUCCUAAAACCAGUAUCGAAAUUAGAUAUUAAAAAGUCACUUUCACAGGACAGAAAUGAACCUUUCCUGAAUAUCUUUAGAAUGAUCUUGAGCUGUAUCUUUCACAAGUAUAAGACACAGACUAGUAUACACCCAUGGACUACUAUGGAACCUACUGGACACUGAAGGAUUAUACAGAUAUAAGCCCACCGGGGAGUAGAAAAGAAUUUACUACCAUUUAAUUUAAAAAAUCACAUUUGAUCGUCUAAAUAAAGAGUGGUUAUUAUUAUCUUUGUGGUAUCGAGUAUUGAGCCUGUUCCUUCAUAUCAGAAUCAAGUUUGAAAUUUUGGUAUUGUUACAACACUACAUGACAUUAUUUUAUGCAGCUAAAACCUGGAACAGUCUUCCUGAAGAUGUGAGACAGGCCUCUACUUUGACAAUGUUUAAAUUCAGGCUCCAAACAGUUCUGUUUAGCUGUGCAUACGACUGAAAGGGUUUUAUUCUGCAGUCUUCUGUUUUAAUGUUCAUUUUAUGAUGAUUAUCUGUGAUUAUUUAUGUUUUGAUUUGUGUGAUUUUAAUGUCUUUCUUAUUCCGUAAAGUACCUUGAAUUACUUUGCGUAUGAAUUGUGCUAUACAAAUAAACUUGUCUUGCCUAUGACAGGAUUCAAAGCUAAAAGAAAAUUACUUUGGUUUCAUAUGUUUUUAACAUUAAAAUUUUGGCCUGGGAUGACAAGGGAACUUAUGGAAAAAUUUUCAAACUUUUCAUUGCUACUUGUACCUGAGAAAUAUGGCUGAAAGAUAAAUGUUUACUGUGACGUUACGAAAUAAUUACAUUGAUUUAUUUUCUUGCCUUAAAAGUUGAAGUCUAUUUAAUGUCUCUUUUAUAAUGUUACAUAGAUGUACAACAGUAUCAUUAUAUCAUCAUCAUUGGGUUUCAGUUAAAAGUGCACUAAGGAUGUGUAUGUCAUCUGGUUGUCUCUAAAAAGAUGCUAUUGCUUUGCCUGAAAUUUUCCACAAUAUGGCAUUAAAUUUAUCAUUCUAGGUGGCAAAGUUACUAGUCAGACCUGUGGAGUGGUGACCUCGCUCACAGUAAGAAUACAUGCUCUUUCAAUGGAUUGUUAAUAAAACCACAUUUUAUUCUUUAUCAAUCCAAAUAACCUUUACAGAAGACAAAGUAUGAAAAUGGAUGCAAAAUCUUCUCAAGUGCACUGGGACAGAGAAAAGGGCGUUAGCCAGAUCGACAUCUGUGAAAAAUUUAGGUUCUUGUGGGGUUUGCGAUAAAAUUGCAUAUGAAUUUAGAACCACCACAGUCACAGGUUCAACUUCUUCAACAGCUUUGAGAUCAAUAGUCAAACACCACCUGUGAGGCUCCCUCGGACCACAUUGUUUUUUAAACUAAAAAAUUGGGCUUCGGACCCCUCUGAUUCACUUGGUACAAUGACACCUGACACCUGCUUCACGUAGAUCAUUAAAACAGGAGCUAUUUGUGUUUGGGCGAAGUGGAUACUGUGGACACGCAUUAGAUUACUACUAGCUGGGCUAGUAAUUACUUCUAGCUGGGCUCUGCAUAUGAGACCAACAUCUUUUCAGGCCUUUAGCCCAAAGCUUGUCUGGAAUUUCUUGUAAUUCCAGUAUGGCGUCUGCCUUGGAUCAAGAAAGAAAGUAGCCCUCCUUAGGAGCACUGUUUACAUUAUCAGGGGUCACACACACAGAGCGGGCGGGAGAGAGGGGUAAUAACUGUCCUCCACAUCCAAGCUGCUCUUGAGAAGAAAACCGACGUCACUGGUGUGCACCCAGUCACAGCUAAUCAUUUAAAUGUUCUUUUGGUUGAAUAAGUGUGGUGUUAAAUUCCAUGUUUUACUUCAUGUAAAGAUUUUGUUUGAGUUGAUUAAGAAUAAAAUGUGAUUUUAUUAUUAUCAAAAGAGGGGAAUUGUUAUGGAAGUCUUUCCUUAGUGUUUUACCUAUUUUGUACUUUUAAAGUAUGGUAUGCAGGCCUCUUAGUCUCUAAACUUUUAGUUCAAUUAUAUCUUAUCUGUUUGACCUGAAGAUCCAGUGCACUGUGCUCUGUGUCCACUGUCUGAAUCACAUUAGACAAACUGCUUAUCCUAUGUCCUUAGAAGUGUUUUGGCCUUUAUUGGGGCUAAACUGGUUUUCUGAUUUAUACAAUUCUUAUAUGUUAUAAAUAUGCUGUAUAUACUGACACUGACACACCUUGGGGCAGGACAACAUUCUGUCAGGGACAGGUGGCUCUUUACAAAUGUGCACAAUUGCUUUAAUAAAUCAGACUCUUUGAUUC